CCAGCAUUCAUAGGCUCAGGUUACUCUAAGCCAAAGCAUCUCCUUUUAUCAGUAUCACCUCUGUGGAAACUCAGGCAGUUACAUUUUUGUACUAAAUAAGAUUUUUGGAGUAUGAACUUAAGCUACAAUCAUUUUACAACGGUUUCUAUGGAAAACAAAAUAACCCAAUUUAUAGCUGGGACAAAAUUUAGUCAGAGAGAUGCCUUUAGAGAAGCCUGAUUGUAAGCAUUUGUCCAAACUUUAAAGAUUUGCAACAAGUCCCUCUGUCUUUUGUCCCAAUAAACACUUCUUGUUCAAAUCUUCAAAACGUUUGGAAAAAUGGUGGGAUUUAAGCCUGCAGAUGUGCCUCCAACAGCAGCUGUAAAGUUUGUCGGUGCAGGAACUGCAGCCUGCAUCGCUGACCUGCUCACAUUUCCAUUGGACACAGCCAAAGUGCGGCUACAGAUCCAGGGAGAGGCAGGAAAAGCAGCUGCUUUUAAGACCACUGCUGUCAAGUACCGUGGAGUGCUUGGGACCAUAACCACGAUGGUCCGCACCGAGGGCCCCAGGAGCCUGUACAGCGGGCUGGUGGCAGGGCUGCAGAGGCAGAUGAGUUUUGCUUCCGUUCGGAUUGGCCUGUAUGACAGUGUCAAACAGUUCUACACUAAAGGCUCAGAGCAUGCGGGCAUUGGCAGUCGUCUCAUGGCAGGAUGCACCACUGGAGCUCUGGCGGUUGCUGUUGCCCAGCCCACUGAUGUAGUCAAAGUGCGUUUUCAGGCCCAGGUCAGGUCUUCUGGUAAUGUGAAGCGCUACUGCAGCACCCUCAAUGCCUAUAGCACCAUUGCCAAAGAGGAGGGCAUUUCUGGGCUGUGGAAAGGUACAGCCCCAAACAUCGCACGAAAUGCAAUUGUCAACUGCUCAGAACUGGUGACCUACGACUUUAUCAAAGAUUUACUCCUUAACUCUACUCCAAUGACUGACACUCUGCCUUGUCACUUUGUCUCAGCCUUUGGAGCGGGCCUCGUCACAACAGUCAUUGCGUCUCCGGUGGAUGUGGUCAAAACAAGAUACAUGAACUCUGCCCUGGGCCAGUACGGCAGUGUGCUGAACUGUGCUGUCACCAUGAUGUCCAAAGAGGGUCCCCAGGCCUUUUACAAAGGGUUUAUGCCAUCUUUCCUGCGUCUGGGCUCAUGGAACAUUGUAAUGUUUGUGACAUAUGAGCAGCUGAAACGAGCAAUGAUGACAGUGAAUUUGAACUCCAAACCUCUGUGACCAAAUGAUCUUGAGCAAAUGUUACAAAAUCAGCAAUUUAUUUUAAGUAUAGAUAUAAAAGUUCAAAUUAAACAAUUUCAGUGUCUUAACAUAACAUUUUGUACAUUGUUGUUUUAAUAAUGCAGUGCCUGUUUGAUCAGAAGUUUACUUUCAGCAGAAAGUUUCUCAGGGAAAUGAAUAUCAAAUGUAAAGAUGAGGUCUCCUUUUUGUGAAGGGUCGUCUGGCAGCGGCAUUCCCUCUUUGGGCACCACUUUUUUGUACAAUGGGCUGAUGUUAUGGAAAAAUAAUGUUAUAGGCUAUAGAACUAGUUUGGGCAAUUAUACUGAUAAAAUUGGUACUUACUGCACAAUUUCAUUGAAGGGAAUGUUGAUGAGUCUGCCAUCGAGAGUCUCUACUUCUACUGAGAAACCAGUCAGAGCCUUUGUACAAAACAUUAAAAUGUCAGCACAUUUACACAGUAAUGGAAA